AUGGCUCAGGCAAUAACAUCAUCGCAGAAAUAUGAUUUGAUCACACGAAAUCUUAAAGAAUGGUUAGGAGAUGCAAAAUUAAAAUCAAUAUUGAAUGAACGUGAUUUAAAAGUUUAUUGGGGUACUGCAACAACUGGAAAACCUCAUAUUGCUUAUUUUGUUCCAAUGUUAAAAAUUGCCGAUUUCUUGAAUGCUGGUUGUGAGGUCACAAUUUUAUUUGCUGAUCUUCAUGCAUAUUUGGAUAACAUGAAAGCACCAUGGGAAUUAUUAGCUUUACGUACUCAAUAUUAUGAGAAGAUUAUUAAAACAAUGUUAAAAUCAAUCGGUGUACCGUUGGAAAAAUUGAGGUUUAUUCGUGGAACAGACUAUCAAUUGAGCAGAGAAUAUACGCUGGACGUUUAUCGUUUAACAUCAUUAGUUACUAUACAUGAUGCAAAAAAAGCGGGCGCUGAAGUCGUUAAACAGGUCGAUAAUCCAGCUUUAAGUGGUUUAUUAUAUCCAGGAUUACAAGCACUCGAUGAAGAAUACCUGAAAGUAGAUGCACAGUUUGGAGGUAUUGAUCAAAGAAAAAUAUUUACAUUUGCAGAAGAAAAUUUACCAUCACUGGGCUAUCAAAAACGUAUCCAUUUGAUGAAUGAAAUGGUUCCUGGUCUAAUGGGAGAUAAAAUGAGUGCAAGUGUUGCUGACAGUAAAAUUGAUUUACUUGAUUCACCAGAAGAAGUGACGAAAAAACUAAGAAAAGCGUUUUGUGAACCGGGAAAGGUUGAGAAAAAUGGUGUGUUAGCGUUCUGUCAACAUGUUAUAUUUCCUCUAUUAAAACAGAAAGAUUUUAUUGUGGAACAUUCUGAAAAAUCUGAUAGUUCAGUCACAUUUUCAAAUUAUGCUGAUCUUGAACGUGCGUUUGUAGAUCAGAAAAUUCAUCCCAGCGAGUUGAAACCAGCAGUUACAAAUUAUAUAAAUAAAUUAUUAAAACCAAUUCGAGAAGAAUUUGAUACCGCAGAAAUGCGAAAGUUAACUGAAAGCGCCUAUCCAGUAAAAAAUACACCCCAUCAAACUGCUGGUAAUACAACUUCAACAGCAGCGGCAACUAACAAUAUUGUAACGCACCAGCUAUCACCCGCUUUACUCGAUUUAAGGAUCGGCAAAAUAGUGUCUGUAAAAAAGCAUCCGGAAGCAGAUAAGUUAUAUGUUGAAACAGUUGAUUUAGGCGAAGGAAAACAUCGAACCGUUGUAAGUGGUUUAGCAGAUUGUAUUCCAAUGGAAGAAUUAGAAAAUCGCACAGCUGUAUUUCUCUGUAAUUUAAAACCGGCCAAAUUAAAAGGAAUUGAAUCGGAAGCAAUGCUUAUGUGCGGUUCAAAUGAAAAUCCACGUGUUGUUGAACUAUUAACUCCUCCAUCUGACUGUGAAAUUGGUGAACAAUUAACCAUUGAGGGCCAUAAUCAUAAUGAACAAUCUCAGCCACCAAUAUUUCAGGAACUAAAUCCAAAAAAGAAAAUAUGGGAAACUUUACAGGUGGAUUUUCGUGUUUCAAGUAAUGGCACAGCUGAAUGGAAAUAUAUGCCAUUAUUAGCAAAAAAUGGACAAAAAAUUCGUUUAAAAAUAGUUAUAAUGAAUAUAUUUUCAAAAAAGGAAUUAGAAUUAGAAUUGAAACCGUUUGUGGAUGAAGAAAAAUUCUCAUGGCUUGAUCCAAAUUUACAUGACAGACAAGUGUUUACACACGAUUUGGAUAUUGAUAAAUUAUUUACAAUUGAAUCGUUGAGUGAUGAAUAUGAUUUAGUUGCAGAUCGUAAUUUAUGUACCGGUGAAAUUGUUGGUCUCAGAGAAAUUUCUAUUAAAUCAAAACCUGUAUCAAAUCAAAAUCUUGAUGAUGAUCCAAAAUUUUGGCCUAAUGAAAUAUUAAAACCAGCUCAAAUUAGUUGUCCAUGUUUACCAGAACCAAUUGUUCAACAAGAACAAGAUUUAGAAACAGUUAUGAAUCAUCCUACCGAUGACAAUACGUCUGAUGUAUUAUUAACCCAUUUGGCAACAGAAGAUGGACUCGGCAUGGAAUUACCAUCGACAAUAAAAUCCUUUCGACCAGGUUUUGAUGAGUUAAAUCGGCCAAUUUUAAUUGAAACCGUAUUGCAAAGUUGGAAAAAAGAUUUAGACGAUAUAGCUAUACAAUCUUCAUAUCAAUUUGAACAGAAAAGAAUUAAUAACAUUAACAUCGACGUUUUUGCUAAAAAAAAUCAAAAUGACAUAUUUGAUACAUUGACAACAACAACAUUACCAGAAUUGAAAUUUCAAUCAUUGAAUAAAUCUCAUUUUUUUCCCCUAUUACAAGAAACAAAAGCUGAACAACAUUUAAAGAGAACCUAUGCAAUUGAAUUAAAUCCAUCAGAAAAAAUUGGUGAUUUUAAAUUAAGAGUACCGAAUCCAGCCAUUCAAUAUCCAUUCGAACUUGAUACAUUUCAAAAACAAGCCAUUCUUCGUUUGGAAAAUAAUGAAAGUGUUUUUGUUGCUGCUCAUACAUCAGCUGGUACAUAUAUUCUAAGAUUUUCUCAUUGUUAUCGAAUAUAUUUAUAUAUAUUUAUUUUAGGUAAAACUGUUGUUGCUGAAUAUGCUAUUGCUUUAGCACAAAGUCAUGGAACAAAAGCAUUUUAUACAUCGCCAAUAAAAGCCUUAUCAAAUCAAAAAUAUUGUGAUUUUAAAAAACGUUCCGAUGAUGUAGGAUUAUUAACGGGCGAUAUUCAAAUUAAUCAUGAUGCAUCUUGUUUAAUAAUGACAACUGAAAUAUUGAGGUAG